AUGCCGUCAUUGAUGACAAUUUCUCAAGAAGCGGUACGAAGAAACGAUCAGCAGCAGCAUCAGCAACAGCAAUUGUCACACACAAUUAAGCCGGACUUGCAACGACGACGACAACAGCAGCAACAACAACACCAUUACGAAACAUUUAAUGACGGCAUAGAAUCAGUAGCAGCAGCAGCAGAAGAAGAAGAAGAAAUACAACAAUACGACGACAAAGGCAACAACAGUGCACGAAUUGAUAAAAAUACAAUUCACGAAGAUAGUGUCGCAUCAUCAUCUGAAUCCAUAAGCCGAACCGUUGUCCAAUUGAAGAUAGAGGAGAGGAAGAAGCAGAACGAGUUGUGUUGGUCGUUUUUGUCCAGGAAUUUAACAGAAACAGAAAAAAUUAAAUUAACCAAUCCCACCUUUGAUAUACAACAACAACAACAGCAACAAAAACCACAACUAGUACAACAUUGUCAAGAAGAACAGAAGAAGAAGAAGCAGCAGUCGCAGCAACAACAACCACAACUAUUCAAAUAUCACCUAUUGCUAUUCAAAUUUAACAACAGCUUUGAAUUGAAGUGUUCCAGUUCCAGUUCCCGUUACAUUGUUGAAAAUAACAAAAAGCAAAACGGCAGACAUAACCGUAAGACACCUACAAGCGCAGAAGCAGCAGCAUCACCACCUCCACCACCAUCGAGAGCAGCAUCAACAUCGCCAACAGCACAGCAAUAA